AUGCCGAGCAUUGUGCGACAAGAUAGCCUUUGUUCGCACGUUGAUCAAUUACGAUUUUUUGAUUUUCUUGAGCCAAAUUUUGAUUUUAAAACAGCUAUGUCAAGAUUUGAACGUCAAGUUAGUUGGUUACCAUUUGUCGCACCAACAGCCGAAUUAGAUUCACCAACAGUCGAUAAUAAUGCAACAUUCGACUCAAUAUGGCAACCGAAAUCUUCAUAUUUACCAACAUUACCGGAAACACCAUUAUCGUUUGGCGAUGAUCCUCAACAACAAGAGAUUAGUAUUGAUUCAAUUAUUGAUCAUAGAAAUUUAAAUAAUCUUCUAUCACCACCAACACCGUCGUUCAUCAAAACAUCGGUACCGUCACGAUCAAAUUUACCAGCACGAUCACAAGAAAAAAAUUCUCGAGCUAUGUCACCAUCACCAUAUGAGUCUUCAUUACCAUCACACAAACGAACAAAAUCAUCAACAAAUAUUCAUGAGCCAGAACAAUUAGUACCUGGUGCUUCACAAACUGCUCUUGAAGUGGCUGCCCUUCUCAAAGAACAUCCUGGUUACAUGUGUCCUAUGUUGACACUUGUUCAAGAGUAUCAAAGUCGAUUUCGUAAACCAUUACAUAUAUCAGAAUUGAAUACAGCUCGAGAUAUAAUUGAAAUUCAAUAUAAUGGUCAUAUGGGUUUUGCACGACUUUCACCAUCAUUUCGAGCAACAAUGGGAUCUGACGUUCUUUCUGUUCGACUUGAACGUCCAUAUUGUACAAUUCAUUGUCCAAUAAAUUUUGUUGUUAGUUCAACAUUCGAUUUACCAUUUAUUCGUUUACCAUUACAUAUAUUUUCUGAACAUGUUCAAUAUUUACUUACUCAACAUUCUGGCUCUAUGCCAUUGGGAAGUUUUCUUCAAUGUUAUUCAAAUUAUUUUCCACCUUUAAUUGAUGACGAAUACGGAGUACCACUUGAGCAUUUUAUAACAUGUGUAAAAAAUGUUGAAAUUGUUACUGACAAAGGUGUUAUUAAACGUAUACAAACAACAAUAACACCUUCGUUUUCUGUACCACUCAAUCAUAUGGUAUCAGAUAAACGUUCAACAUCAUCAUCUGCGUCAUCAUCAUCAUCAACAUCAACAACAACAACAUGUUCCUUACAAACAUUUGCUCGUGAAGUCAUUGAUUUACUUAAACAAGAAACAGUACAUUGCCGUUUACCAUUAUCAAAAUUUGUAACAGCUUAUCAUUCGAAAUAUAGUCGACAUUGUCGAGCAGCUGAUUAUGGUUUUGAUAAAAUUCUUGACUUAUUACUUGCUAUUCCAAAUGCUGUUCAAGUACUCGGUGAUGGUAAUAAACGUAUAUUAACACUUACUCAUCGAUGUCAAGUUAAGCGAUUUUUUAAUGAUCUUGUAAGAAUUUUAAAAAAUAAACCACAACGAUCAAUGGCUAUCAGUGAAAUUCCAAGAGAGUUCACCAAUUUCAGCAAAAAACCAUUUGAUAUGAUCGAUUUUGGUGUUUGUUUUCUCGAUGAUCUCAUUGGGGAACUUAAAGACAACAAAGAAGUUGUAGUCGAUCAAGAAAAUGGAAUAAUAAAACUAUAUCGAAAAGAACAAACUGAUGUGGAAAAAUUUGCUACACAACUUUUUGCUGAAGAUAUUAUCAAUAUGUUUCGUCAUCAACAAGAUUUUAAUAUACCAUUUCAACGUUUCAUUCCAAUGUAUCAUCAUCAUUUUGGUUAUCAAUGUCGCGUACAAUUAUAUGGAUGUUUACGUUUAAUUGAUUUAUUUGAAGAACUGCCAAAUAUUGUUCAAAUAAUCGAAGAUAAAAAUGGCGAACGAAUAAUACAAUUAACAGAUGAAGCUAUUCGUCAAGCUGUUCAAUUGAAUAUAACUCAACUCAUACGACAAUGCGAUGGUUCAAUUCCGUUUGAUCAUUUAAUGAAACUCUAUGCUGAAAUGUAUCGUUUUGAACUUAAUUAUGAAGAGAUGGGUUUUGAUUCUAUUGAAACAAUGCUUGAAUCAAUGCAAGAUAAAUUAGCUUGUGUUCAAACAAAUAAGAAUACUGCCGUUAUUCGUGUAAUGGAAGAACAUCAUUCGGAAAUAGUAUUUGCUCGAAAUGUCGUACAUAUUCUUAUGGAAGCACAAGGUGAAACAACAAUUUGGUUACUUAAACAAGAAAUGGCUAAUAGAUAUAGACGUGAAUUAAAAAUUGAAGAUUGUCAAAAUCGACUUAAACAAUAUGUGGAGUUGAUCGGUCAAAAUGUUCGUCUUACACCGCCGAUGCGGUUUGCAUACGAAGUAGUUAAAGGAAUGCGUGCAUGUGGUUUAGAUAAAAUGAAUUAUGAAGAUUUUCUGAUUGAUUAUCAAUUACGACAUGGUAAUGCACAUUGCCCAAAUCCAGCCGAAUAUGGUUAUCCAACCAUCGACCGUUUAUUUAACGCAAUACGUAUUGUUGCUUUAACACGUGGUCAUCGACAAACAAAAACAAUAUCAUUAACAGAUGAAUUUCGAAUGCAUAUUCGAUCAAGUUAUUCUCUACAGUAUAAUAACAAUAAUCGCUUUGCUCAAUGA